AUGGCUGUUCUUUAUCAGAAGCCUGUCUUGGAUAUGAUCAAAGAGUUUAGACGGAACUGGCACACUCUGUGUAACUCCGAGAGAACUACUGUAUGUGGUGCAGACUUCAUGCUUUUGGCUUUGCAACUUUCCAUGGCAGAGAACAACAAACAGCAUAGAGGAGAAUUUACAGUCUCUCUCAGUGAUGUCUUACUGACCUGGAAAUACCUCCUACAUGAUAAAUUGAAUUUACCACUUGAAAAUAUGGAAGCAGUUGACCAUUAUGAAGACAUUAGGAAGACUUAUGAUGAUUUCUUGAAGAAUAGUAAUAUGUUAGAUCUAAUUGAUGUUUACAAAAAAUGUAGAAUUUUGACUUCUAAUUGUGAGCAGAAUGACAAGAUAUCCUCUAGUCAACUACGGGAUUUUCUGAGUGGAAGUGGAUAUGCAGGAGAUGAUAAAAGGGAGCUCUCGGUACCAACAUCACCUACAAAUAAACACAACCAGGAUAAUGAAAAGUUGCUAUUACUAGCCAAGAAAAUUAUCUAUUCAUAUUUGAGCCUACUGGUAAAUUCAAAGAAUGACCUGGCUUUGGCUCAUGUUCUUAAUAUUCCUGAUCGAGGACUUGGGAGAGAAGCUUUCACAGACCUGAAGCAUGCUGCUCGAGAGAAACAGACGUCUAUCUUUUUGGUGGCCACAUCAUUCAUUCGAACAUUACAGCUUGGAGGGAAAGGAUAUGCACCAUCACUAUCUGAUCCUUUAAGAACACAUGUAAAAGGAUUGUCAAAUUUUAUCAGUUUCAUUGACAAAUUAGUUGAGAUUCUUGGAGAAACUCCAGAUCCAAGCCUUGCAGGGAGUCGGAUCCUCUCAGUGAUAAAGACGCAGCUGAUUAAAGGCCAGGACAGCAGGGAUCUUUUCUGUAAAGUGGUGGAGGAAGUUGCUCAGAACUUGAAUUUGAGGAUUAAAAACAUCAUCAGUUCUCAACAAAGCGAAGUAGCUCUUCACACCACUGACAUCAGUCCUGCUCGGCCAAAAUCUCACGCCAUAAACCAUGGGACUGCGUACUGUGGCCGGGAGACUGUGAAAGCUUUGCUCGUGCUUUUGGACGAAGAUGCUGCUGAUGUGCCUACCAAAAACAAAGCAGAACUUCUGUAUGAUGAUGAAAAUAUAAUUAAUUAUAAUGGAACUUCUCUUCUUACACUUUUUAGGUCUCCCAGCCAAGUGAAUAAUUCAUCUGCGAAAUCCCUAAGAGAACGUAUCCAGGAGUCAUUGCAAGAGAAAAAAACUAAGGUAAAGCAAAGCCUAAUUAGAUCCCAGUUUGCAUGUACUUACAAAGAUGACACCAUGAUAAACAGGGACAAAUGGACUAGUGUUAACUCAGCAUCAGAGCCUUGGUUUGUUCUUCCCAUGGACAGUGAGCCUUCUGAAGGUGUAAAUUCUUCUGCUGGAAGACCAACAAUUGGAACAAGUUCUGGAAAUACUCAACUGGACCAAAGUAAAAAUAAAAAAAUAUCAAGAAAAUCAAGUACUGAGACAGGAAAUAAGAACUCAAAAAGGAAACAGGUGGAUUUGGGUGCUGGAAAUAUUCCCUGUGAUAAAGGAAAUGAACUGCUUUACCAGAAAAAUGCCAAAAUAGCAAAGACAACAAAGGGUUCACAGAAUAAAUCAGAUGGCCAAGUCACUGGAAUAACAAAAGGCAACAAGGGUACCACCAAGGACAGACUGAUUACUGGCCAGACAAAGUUAACUCAGUUUUUCAGAUUAUGA